AAACGAUGUCUUUUGUGACGAACGGAAAUGGUUCAACACAAACAAUCAAACAGUCUGUGUAAUGGCUACUGAUAUGGGGUUUUUGCGCCUUUCAGAUUGCUACAGACGGGAAGCAUCUACGAGAAUAGAUGAGGACAAGCCUGACAAAAGGGUAACGAUGAAAACGACGCUUGACAUGGCAUGGCAUGGCAGGGCAAUACGAUGGAAUGACUACUCUACUGAAUUACGUAGUUUUAAUAGCUUUUGAUUUACAAAUUAAGUUGCUGUAACAGUAUUCUC